AAAGCUUGAAAACACCGAAGAGGCAUUUAUUCAAAAACCAGUUGGAUGAAGCUCUCCUUCUUUAAACGCCAUUGCUGCUCUUUUGCUUCUUUCAACCCCACAUUUCCCUUCAAAACCCCAUCAGACAAACAUUCUCAGAUCCUCCAUUUUUGCAAAUCAGCUCAACUUUUCCCUGCUAUCCAUCUCCUAAACACCCUACGUUUCCCUUCCGAAACAUCCUCUUCGAAAAAACCAUUACUCUACGCUUCCCUCUUGCAAACUUGCACAAAUGUUCAAUCUUUUUCUCAUGGGCUCCAAUUCCAUGCCCACGUUAUUAAAUCUGGUCUCCAAACGGAUCGUUUCGUCGGCAAUAGCUUACUUGCUCUGUAUUAUAAGUUGGGUCCUGAUUUUACAGAAACUCGGAGGGUUUUUGAUGGGCUGUUUGUGAAAGAUGUUAUAUCGUGGACAUCGAUGGUUUCGGGGUACAUUAAAGCGGGUAAACCUGAGAGUUCGCUUGAAUUGUUUUGGGAAAUGCUGGGUUUUGGAGUUGAGCCAAAUGGAUUCACUUUAUCUGCCGUGAUCAAGGCGUGUUCGGAGCUUGGGAAGUUGACGCUGGGAUGGUGCUUUCAUGGGGUGGUUAUAAAACGCGGGUUUGUUUCGAAUCGUGUAAUUUCGAGUGCGUUGACUGAUUUUUAUGGGAGGAAUUGGCAGUUGAAGGAGGCGUGUGAGAUAUUUGAUGAAUUGCCUGAACCGGAUGCUAUUUGUUGGACUUCUGUUAUUUCGGCUCUCACGAGGAACGAUUUGUAUGAGGAGGCAUUGAUGUUCUUUUAUUUGAUGCAUAGGAAUCAUGGUUUGAGCCCGGAUGGGUUUACAUUUGGGACAGUAUUGACAGCUUGUGGUAAUUUAGGGCGGUUGAGGCAAGGGAAGCAAGUGCAUGCUAAGGUCAUUACUUGUGGACUUUGCGGAAAUGUGGUUGUUGAGAGUAGCCUUCUUGAUAUGUAUGGAAAGUGUGGGUUGGUUGAUGAAUCUCAGCGUAUUUUUGAUAGGAUGUCAAAAAAGAAUUCAGUUUCUUGGUCUGCAUUGCUUGGUGUUUACUGUCAGAAUAAAGACUAUGAAUCUGUUAUUAGAAUUUUCAGGGAAAUGGAUAAGACGGAUCUCUACUGUUUUGGAACUGUUCUCCGUGCAUGUGCAGGUUUGGCUGCUGUAAGACAAGGUAAAGAAGUUCAUUGUCAGUAUGUGAGAAGGGGUGGUUGGAGAGAUGUUAUUGUAGAAUCAGCCUUAGUUGAUCUUUAUGCAAAAUGUGGCUGUAUUCAUUUUGCACAUCGCAUCUUUGUGCAGAUGUCUAGUAGAAAUUUGAUAACAUGGAACUCAAUGAUUUAUGGGUUUGCUCAGAAUGGAUUAGGUGGAGAAGCUCUAAGAAUAUUUGAUGAGAUGAUCAACAAGGGUAUUAAACCUGAUUAUAUUAGUUUUAUUGGAGUCCUUUUCGCUUGUAGUCAUACAGGCUUGGUAGAUCAAGGGCGAAAAUAUUUUGCCUUAAUGACUAGGGCAUAUGGGAUUAAACCUGGAAUUGAACAUUACAAUUGCAUGGUUGAUCUCUUAGGCCGCGCUGGGUUACUGGAAGAAGCUGAAAAUUUGAUAGAGAGUGCAGACUUCAGAGAUGAUUCAUCUCUUUGGGCUGUUCUCCUUGGUGCUUGCACAACCUGUACAAGUUCAAGUACUGCAGAGCGCAUUGCAAAGAAAAUGAUUGAAGUAGCACCUGACUACCAUAUGAGUUAUGUUCUCCUGGCUAAUGUAUAUAAAGCAGUUGGCCGAUGGAAUGAUGCUUUAAAGGUUAGGAAGCUAAUGAAAGACAGGGGAGUCAAGAAGAUUACAGGCAGGAGCUGGGUUGAGGCUAACACUAACAUGGGUUCUUAUCUUGAUGUGGCUGAUGUGGAUAUGCCUGGAAGAAAUGGUUUUCUAGGCAUAAGUGAUCCUGUCUGAUGGUGAGAACAAAUCGGUGUUAAUCAAUUUUUCUAGCCUGGUUCAAAGUUCAUGAAGUCGCAAAUGUCUAAACAGCUUUAAUUUUCCUUUCAUAUGGCCUCUGCCGUGCAUCAAAAGCUGUGUUUAAAGGUGCAGAAUCACCGAAGUGACCAGCUGACAGGCGGUUUGAACCAUUCAGGCAAAUGCAGUCAUUGCGAAUCAAAUUUUCCUGCUGAAAAAGAGUUUCUUAAAUUCCCAUAUUCUAGCGCUAUGAAAAUUUGAUUAUGAUUUCUCUUGUUCUUUACCUGGUUAAUUGGCACUUUCAGAAUCUACAGAACAAGCGGGAAACUCCUGUUCAAUCCAUCAUUGUAACUUGUGAAACCAAUAAUAGGAGAAAAUGAACUCCCUCGCCUUAAUUCUGCAAUGGCCCUGUUGAUAUGUGUAUGGAUUGUAAAAUCGAUUCUAGGGUUUGAAAUAAUGGC